UUGUGUAGUUUCAUGUUAAUCAUAUAUCAUCAUCACUGUUUGACAAAUGAGUUUUUCAAGUUCGCGUGAUUCCAUGUCAACUGGAGCUGAUGUGGAACGGCGCGCAUCUUUAUCGGGCGGAAGUAUGAUCCGACGUCGUUCCAGUAUCGAAAGUACUAGAUUACAACGAAGAAGAACAAUCGAAGAAGCAUUUACCGAAGUAGCCGCCGAGAAUGUUGCGCAUGCAUUACCUGAAGGAUUCAACGCAAAGUUUGCUGAUUUUAGAGAAACUACAUUCUUGGUCAAGACUAAGAAAUAUCAUACAAUUAUAUGGAACAUUAUCCACGGAGCUAUAUGGGGUGUUCUCGUUAGACGAGGUUUAACCGCAUUAACUUCAUACAACGGCUCUUAUUUAUCAGGUGUAGUCUGGGCUAAUUUCACAGCAUGCGUCGUUAUGGGAAUAGCCGUAGAUGGUGAAGAGCUUUGGAGUAUUCUUGUGGAUGACCAUGCAGAUAUUUACCCUCACAAGGGUGCGAUUCCCUUAUAUACAGGUAUUACCACGGGAUUCUGUGGAACCGUAUCUUCAUUCAGUUCGGUCAUUCUAGAAGCAUUCAAUAAAGCGGCUGAUACUGAAAUAGGAAUUCAUUACAACUAUCCCAAUGGGGCCUAUGGUAUCAUGCAGUUUCUCGCAGUUAUAUUAGCACAAUUUGGAUUAUCCAUUAUGGGUUUCCAUAUAGGGAAACAAACACUGGCAGUGAUCGAUAAUUACGUGAGACCAAUAACUAAGCGUCAAUAUAAAAUUAUAGAGUAUAUUUCUGUAACAACAGGAGUUUGUUUGGUCAUUAUUACCUGUGUUUUAAUUGGUGUUAAGCAUGAUGGUGCAUGGAGAAGUUGGACAUUUUCCAUGUUUUUUGCUCCAUUUGGGGCGGUUUUGAGAUUUUAUUUAUCCAAAUAUUUAAAUUCAAAAGUGGAGAAUUUCCCCAUGGGAACUUUCACCGCUAAUGUUGGUGGUAGUUUAUUAUUGGGGAUUUUCACAUUAAUUGGUAGAGGGAAAUUUGGUGACAAUGGAAGACUUAAUAAUAGCAUAAUUGGUUGUCAUGUAUUGAAUGGAUUAGAUGAUGGGUUUUGCGGUGGUCUUACCACAGUUAGUACCUUUGUGGUUGAAUUAUUUGGGUUGAAAACUGUUUUCGGCUACCAAUACGGAGUUCUGUCUAUUAUGCUCAGUUUUAUUAUGGUUAUAUUAGUAUUGGGAUCAUAUAAUUGGACAGUGGGAUUAACUGAUCCUUAUUGCAGCUAAAUUUUAAUAGCUCAUUGAUCCUUAUUUGGACGAGCAAAUUAACCUAUCGGGUAAUGGCUAAAAUGCGCAAUUGUGUAACUCCAACAAAUCCCACACUAAUAGAGAGAGGGGGGGGGGGAGGAUAGACUUUUUUUUUUUGAUACAGUUAGUCAAAGUUGCUCAACUUGAGACUGUAGUUAUUGCAACUUUAUUUAUAUUUGUAUAGGUAUUGUAGCCAACUUAAUCUUAUCCAGCAAAUAACUGCUUGGCAUUUAAUAAGCUGAGGAAUGUUUUUACGUCAAGAUCUUAUCUUUGUUUCGCAUACUUAAUAUUGG